AUGACUGUAGGGACCUGUGGAAUUUGUGCAACUUCUGCACAAAAUGCAUCAUCGAUUACUGAUGCAGUUGGUCUGCACCGUCCCCAGGAAAACUGUCAGACCACAACGCCCAUGGCCCAAGCAAUACCGAUGCACUCCUUUGCCAUCAAACACACAGCCGAGGCCAGCUGCAGACCAGCCCUUCCCAUCAGCUUUCGCACUGCUGCGGCGAUUGGCUUUGGUGUCACUGCACUGAUGAUAUGGACAUUGUGCCGGAAAGUACUGUCUAUUGCCCGCUCUUGUUGGAGCAGAGUGCAAAAGCAAAAUCAGUGUGCAUGGGACGCUAGGUUUCUUGAUCAGCAACACAACUGGCAUGAUUUGCGCAUUUUUUGCGAGCCGAUCGGUGAUGGGGCCACAGGCAUUGUGUACAAAGGUCGACUCCUUUGUGCAGGGGGCCUGGGCAGGUGCGUCGCCACCAAAAUUUCAUGGGCGACCAACAGUGCAAGGGGGUCACUGAAGAAAGAGUACGACAUACUGUUGGCCGCCCAGGGGCACCGCAAUGUGCCAGAGUGCUAUGGAUUUGGGGAGCUGUCGGGCGGUCGAACAUUCAUGGUUAUGGAGCUGAUGGAGAUGUCUUUGAAGCAGUUCCUUGCAGAUCGCUGGAGCGACCAUGAACGAUUGUCAUUUGGUGAAUGCAUCGAGAUCUUUCGUGAGAUCGCCCGGGCGCUCCAGCACUUGCAGAACAAACGCAUCAUUCACUAUGACCUCAAGCCGUCCAACGUGCUUGUGGCUGUUCGUCAGAGCAUGCGCAUCGUCAAAGUCAGCGACUUUGGCUGCUCUGAGAACCGUCCCCUCACAGAGAUAACUGGAGAGUACAGGGGUACACCUGGGUACAUAGCCCCAGAACUGAUGCCAGCACACUACUCGCACAAGAAGGUGAAUGGGAAGAAGGUGGAUGUGUACUCCUUUGGAUGUCUCAUGGGGCACUGCAUGUCAGGCAGUGAUAACCAUGACAUGGGUUUUAGCCAGAAUGUGCAGUGCCCACAUGAUUUGAGAUCAUUGAUUGGCAGGUGCUCAAACAACGAUCCUGAGGUGAGACCAUCGUGGGAGGAGGUGCUUGAAGAUCUAGAUAAUUUUGUGGACUCUGCCAAGGAAUGGUUGACUUGGAAGAUCUCCCAGUGA